AUUAUAGGGAAAGGAAGACAGGGCAGGAGUUGUUCAUCAGUUUGUCCUGAAGCGAAAUGUUUUUUAUCUGACCAUGGCGCAUUUUCUGACUGAAGAGGUGUACUCCAUGACUUCAUCCACAAUUACAGAAGAACACUGCAGGGGCUGCUCAUAUAAGAAACGAGCACAUCAUGUCUUCAGCCAAAGAGCGAGAUCUAAAGACGAUUAGACCUCAGUUUGACUUUUUGAAUGCACAUUCUCUCUAGCUGACCAGUAUUUUCACACAAUUAAUUCUCACAACAGAUACCGAGCAUAAAUAGAUGCAGUGAUGCAGACUGUACACGUUAUUGAAUAGCGUGUAAGAGGUUUGAAUGAGUGAAGAGGAACAAACCCCAUUGUUUGCAGUGGAAGGGCAGACAGGCAGACGCCCUGAACCAAGACGACUUGCUCCUGUAUGGGACGGUGAAGGACUGCCAACCAUGGGCGCAGCAAUGGGACCAUUAUUGCUUUGGCUUCAGGACGUGGCUGCGGUGACCCUGCUAAGAGCUCGCAGGACACUUUUAAGAGCCGCCAUCCUGCUGUGUGUCCUUGUGCUUCUCCUCUGGGUCUCCAUCUUCUUAUAUGGGAGCUUUUAUUACUCCUACAUGCCCAGCGUCAGCUUCUCCACACCGGUGCACUACUAUUACAGGACAGAUUGCGAGGCUUCGGAUGCCGUUCUCUGUUCUUUCCCGAUGGCUAAUGUUUCGCUCUUGAAGAACGGAAGAGACCAGGUGAUGAUGUCUGGUCAGGCCUACAGGAUCUCUCUGGAACUGGAAAUGCCUGAAUCUCCUGUUAACGAACAGCUUGGCAUGUUCAUGGUCAAAAUGUCUUGCUAUUCCAAUGAUGGGACAGUUGUUCACUCAGUGGCCCGCUCCACGAUGCUGCACUACCGCUCAAAUCUCCUGCAGACCCUCAGCACACUGUUGUUCUCUCCACUCUUGCUGUCCGGCGUGUCUGAGCAGAAACAGCUCGUUGAGGUCGAGCUUUUCCCAGAUCUCAAACUAGACAUUUAUCAUCCUGCCGUUGGGGCUGUGAUCGAGAUUCAGUCUCGCAGGGUUCAGAUUUAUUCUGCCCAGCUGAGGAUUCAUGCCUACUUUACUGGCGUUAGAUUCCUCCUGUAUAACUUCCCGGUGAUGUCUGCCAUUGUUGGAGUGGCGAGUAACUUCACAUUCCUCAGUGUGAUUGUGCUCUUCAGUUACCUGCAGUUCAUCUGGGGAGGCCUCUAUCCACCCGAGCAGGUCCGAGUGAAGGUGAUGAUAGGAGACUCGACACGUCUUCAGCAGAGACGAGAAGAAGCACGUAAACGCAUGCACUCGUCUGCCAGCACUCCUGUUAUGACAUAUGGAAGAGAUGGAAGUGAACUACUCUCAGAUCCGCUUCAGCAUCCCAAACAAACCGUUCGAAACAAAGGUGAUUUGGACACUCCUAGUGUGAUUGGGACGGAAGACCUGAAUAACCAACAAGAGGAUGAAACUGGUAAAAAUAUUACAUAAAACGUAAAUCUCAUCACAAAUGUAAUUUUUAAAAAAUUUUGUACAACAGUUAAGCAAGCAAAAAGUAAAUGAGAUGAGAAGAUGCUGGUGCUUUUAUUAUAUUUAGUUAUUAUUAUUACUUAAUAAUUACUUUAAUACUUUUAUUGCUUUAACAUUAUUACUUCAAUGUUAUUAUUUUAAUAUCACUACUAAAGAAGUCGCUUAGGGUGUGUGUUCACACUCUGCAGGUUUGGUUCAAUAAAAGAAACUGGUUUUAUUCUUC